AACUCCAAAUUUUCCUGUAGUAGUCAAGCUGGGACAUGCUCAUGCUGGAAUGGGGAAGGUCAAAGUUGAGAACCAGCACGACUUCCGGGACAUGGCCAGCAUAGUAGCCAUGGCAAAAACCUAUGCCACCACCGAGCCAUUCAUUGACUCCAAAUAUGACAUCCGAAUCCAGAAAAUUGGCAGCAACUACAAGGCUUACAUGAGGACUUCCAUCUCUGGAAACUGGAAGGCAAACACGGGUUCUGCAAUGCUAGAACAGAUUGCAAUGACAGAGAGGUACAGACUCUGGGCAGAUGCCUGUGCAGAAAUGUUUGGAGGUCUUGAUAUCUGCGCUGUCAAAGCUGUCCACAGCAAAGAUGGAAAAGACUAUAUCAUUGAGGUGAUGGACAGCUCAAUGCCCCUGAUUGGGGAGCACAUAGAAGAGGACAGACAACUUAUAGCUGAUCUGGUUGUUUCCAAAAUGACGCAGCUUGUCGUCACUGCUGGAUCUACACCAUCACCGCUGAGGCCUUGGCCUCCACAAGCUCAGCCUGUGUCAAUGAAAUCUCAGACUGGACCUCUGCUUGGACAACUGUCACAACCACGGCCUCCUCCACAAGGUGGGCCACGCCAGCCACAAGGAUCUCAGCCUCCACGGACAAACGCGCCCCCACAGCAGCGGCUGUCUCCUCAAGGACAGCAGCCCCAGAGUCCCCAGUCCACCUCCCCUCAGCAAAGGUCACCUGGAUCUCCACAGCAAGUCCGAUCAGCAGCUGGCUCCUCUCCAGUGCAGGCCUCCAAGGCCGGCGCGUUCCCUCCACAGCAGCCCAGGCCUCCUGCGCAAGGACGGGCUCCCAGCCAGCCCAGCCCCACAGAAACGUCCAAGCAGCAAACCACCCCACACCCACACCUGAACAAAUCGCAGUCCCUGACAAACAGCUUCAGCAUAUCUGAGUCAUCUCAGCGAGGAAAUGCCACUGAAGAUGAAGCAAAAGCUGAGACCAUCCGCAACCUGAGGAAAUCAUUUGCUAGCCUGUUUUCUGAUUAACAGUCCUGCAGCUGGAUCUGUGCUUUUGUCAGCUCUCACUCUACAUUAUGUCAUACCUGAUGUCAUCCUGGAAUACACUCAGUGAACCCAGCGAUUUACAACUAACACCUGGGUAAAGGGAAUUUAGAAAACUAUAGUUGUUUUAAUACAAAGAAAAUAUUCAAAUAACAGUCUGAAAAGUGACUGUAUAAAAGUGUCACUAUUUCAUUGGAUUUUGUGCAUAAUCAGAAUCACAUCUGUUCAAAUGACUGAGUCGUAAAGCAAAUUUUACUCUUGCUAACCCCUGUGGAGUCAACACAGUUAUGACAGUGCAAACUGGGUUUUACUUUGACUUGUAUACAGUCAAUACAAUUGUUAACUUCCAAUUACUGAAUUCUUGUUAAGUUCAAGCUAAAAAAAAAUUAGACUUCUUUCAGAAACACAUGUGCAAAGGCAGAGUCAAGACUAAGUAUCCAUGGACCGACAAAGUAAGCAUGCUUGAGCAUCCAGCGAACUGUGGAAUUUCAUUAGAGCAACUUCAUAAAAGGUCACUUUUCAGGUCACUUUUACAUUCAAGAUAAAUACAGU